GUGGGGGCGCGCGCGGGGCCAGGAGCCACGGCCGCCAAGCGCGGUCUGGGGAGAGCCCGAGAUGCGCCUGCUUCGAGCCUGCUGCUGUCUUCUCUACCGGUUGGGGCUCCUCUCCCUCGGGAUCGGUUCAGGACUGCAGUUCGCCCCCGACAGCGAGGAGUGGGAAGUCGUGUUUCCUGCACUCUGGCGCCGGGAGCCGGUGGACGCAGCCGGCGGCAGCGGGAGCAGCGCAGACCCCGGCUGGGCGCGCGGCGGAGGUGCCCGGGCGCAGGCUGCCAGCAGCUCCCGCGAGGUGCGCUCGGUGGCCCCGGCGCCGCUGGCCGAGCCCGCGGAGGGGCAGGCCGAGCCCCGGUUCCGGCCUCCGCCGCCGCCGGGGGGUGAGGAGGACGAGGAGCUCGAGUCGCAGGAGCUGCCGCGGGGAUCCGGCGGCGCGGCCGUCCUGUCCCCGGGCGCCCCGGCCUCGUGGCAGCCGCCCCCAUCCCCGCCCCCGGCCCAGCGAGGCGAGCCGGACAGCGACGAGGUGCUGCUGAGGGUCCCCGCCUUCUCCCGGGACCUGUACCUGCUGCUCCGGAGGGACGGCCGCUUCCUGGCAUCGCGCUUCGCCGUGGAACAGUGGCCACAGCCGGGCCCCGGCCCCACGCGGACGGCGUCCGCCCCGCACCCGCCCGCGCCCCCCGACGCCGCCUGCUUUUACACCGGGGCGGUGCUGCGGCACCCCGGCUCGCUGGCCUCUUUCAGCACCUGUGGAGGUGGCCUGAUGGGGUUUAUACAGCUGAAUGAAGACCUCAUAUUUAUUGAACCACUCAAUGAUACAGUGGCCAUAACAGGUCACCCACACCGAGUAUACAGGCAGAAGAGAUCUGUGGAGGAAAAAGCCACGGAGAAGUCAGCUCUUCGCAGUCUUUACUGUGGUAUCAUCUCAGAUAAAGGAAGACCUAAGUCUAAAAAAAUAACAGAAACUGGAAGAGGGAAACGAUAUUCAUACAAAUUACCUCAAGAAUACAACAUAGAGACUGUAGUGGUUGCAGAUCCAGCAAUGGUUUCCUAUCAUGGAGCAGAUGCAGCCAGGAGGUUCAUUCUAACCAUCUUAAAUAUGGUUUUUAACCUUUUCCAACACAAGAGUCUUGGUGUGCAGGUCAAUCUUCGUGUGAUAAAGCUAAUUCUGCUCCAUGAAACUCCAGCAGAUUUGUAUAUUGGGCACCAUGGAGAGAAAAUGCUAGAAAGCUUUUGUAAGUGGCAACAUGAAGAAUUUGGCAAAAAGAAUGACAUACACUUAGAGAUGUCCACAAGCUGGGGAGAAGACACGACGCCAGUGGAUGCAGCUAUACUUAUAACAAGGAAAGAUUUCUGUGUACACAAAGAUGAGCCCUGUGAUACUGUUGGUAUAGCUUACUUGAAUGGAAUGUGUAGUGAGAAGAGAAAAUGUAUUAUUGCUGAAGACAAUGGCCUCAAUCUUGCAUUUACAAUUGCUCAUGAAAUGGGUCACAACAUGGGUAUUAAUCAUGACAAUGACCACCCCUCAUGUGCUGAUGGUCUUCAUAUCAUGUCUGGUGAAUGGAUUAAAGGACAGCACCUUGGUGAUGUUUCAUGGUCUGCAUGUAGCAAAGAAGAUUUGGAAAGAUUUCUCAGGUCAAAGGCAAGUAACUGCUUGCUACAGACAAACCCGCAGAGUUUCAAUUCUGUGAUGGUUCCCUCCAAGCUGCCAGGGAUGAUAUACACAGCAGAUGAGCAAUGUCAGAUUCUCUUUGGGCCUUUGGCAUCCUUCUGUCAAGAGAUGCAGCAUGUUAUUUGUACAGGAUUGUGGUGCAAGGUGGAAGGGGAGAAAGAAUGCAAGACCAAACUGGACCCACCAAUGGAUGGAACCGACUGUGAUCCUGGUAAGUGGUGUAAGGCUGGAGAGUGUACCAGCAGGACCUCAGCACCUGAACAUCUGGCGGGAGAGUGGACUGAGUGGAGUUCCUGUAGCCGGACCUGCAGUGCUGGGACCAGCAGUCGGGAGCGCAGAUGUCCAGGGCUAGGUUCUGAAGCAAGGGAUUGUAAUGGUCCCAGAAAACAAUACAGAAUUUGUGAGAAUCCACCUUGUCCUGCAGGUUUGCCUGGAUUCAGAGACUGGCAAUGUCAGGCCUAUAGUGUUAGAACUUCAUACCCAAACCAUGUACUUCAGUGGCAAGCUGUUUUGGAUGAAGAGAAACCAUGCGCCUUGUUUUGCUCUCCUGUUGGAAAAGAGCAGCCUGUUCUUCUAUCGGAAAAAGUAAUGGAUGGGACUUCUUGUGGCUAUCAGGGAUUAGAUAUAUGUGCAAAUGGCAGAUGCCAGAAAGUUGGUUGUGAUGGCCUAUUAGGGUCUCUUGCAAGGGAAGAUCACUGUGGGGUUUGCAAUGGCAAUGGAAAAUCAUGCAAAAUCAUUAAAGGGGAUUUUAAUCACACCAGAGGCGCAGGCUACGUAGAAGUGCUGGUGAUACCCACUGGAGCAAGGAGAAUCAGAGUUGUGGAGGAAAAGCCUGCACAUAGCUAUUUAGGUAACCCGCGUUACAGACACAGAGCCAAGCCAACUCUCCGCGAUGCUGGCAAACACUCUAUUAACAGUGACUGGAAGAUCGAACACUCUGGGGCGUUCAGUUUAGCUGGCACUACUGUCCAUUACGUAAGACGAGGGUUAUGGGAGAAGAUCUCCGCCAAAGGUCCCACCACAACACCUCUGCACCUCCUGGUGCUUCUUUUUCAAGAUCAAAAUUAUGGUCUUCACUAUGAAUACACUGUCCCGUUAGAUCCGCUUCCGGAGAAUCAGAGCUCUAAAGCACCCGAGCCUCUCUUCAUGUGGACGCACACAGGCUGGGAGGACUGCGAUGCUACGUGUGGAGGAGGAGAAAGGAAGACAACAGUGUCCUGCACAAAAAUCAUGAGCAAAAAUAUCAGCAUUGUGGACAACAAGAAAUGCAAAUACUUAAGCAAGCCAGAGCCACAAAUUCGAAGGUGUAAUGAGCAGCCCUGUCAAACAAGGUGGAUGAUGACUGAAUGGACCACAUGUUCAAGAACGUGUGGAAAGGGAAUGCAGAGCAGACAGGUGGCCUGCACACAGCAGCUGAGCAAUGGAACUCUAACCAGAGCCCGGGAGAGAGACUGUGCUGGACCUAAGCCGGCCUCUGCUCAGCGCUGCGAGGGCCAGGACUGCAUGACCGUGUGGGAGGCGGGAGUGUGGUCUGAGUGUUCUGUCAAGUGUGGCAAAGGUGUUCGCCAUCGAACUGUCAGGUGUACUAACCCAAGAAAGAAAUGUGUCCUCUCCACCAGGCCCAGGGAGGCUGAGGACUGUGAGGACUACUCCAAGUGCUACGUGUGGAGGAUGGGUGACUGGUCCAAGUGCUCAAUUACCUGUGGCAAAGGAAUGCAGUCCCGCGUUAUCCAGUGCAUGCAUAAGAUCACAGGAAGACACGGAAAUGAAUGUUUUUCAUCAGAAAAACCUGCAGCGUACAGGCCAUGUCACCUUCAGCCUUGCAAUGAGAAGAUUAAUGUAAAUACAAUAACAUCACCCAGACUGGCUGCUCUGACUUUCAAAUGCCUGGGAGAUCAGUGGCCAGUAUACUGUCGAGUGAUACGUGAGAAGAAUCUGUGUCAGGACAUGCGGUGGUAUCAGCGUUGCUGUGAGACCUGCAGGGACUUCUAUGCUCAAAAGCUACAGCGAAAGAGCUGACCUCUGGCCUGCUGGCUCACAGCUCUUUGUGUUACAGUAUUUAUAAACACACACACUAGCGUGAUUUUCAGACCAAAUAUUAUCAGAUUACAUAUAAUUUAAUCAAAUUAAUUUAUUUUUUGCCUGUCAAACAUCCCAUGUGGUGUUUUGGUUAUACAGACAUUUUGAUCUAUGCUAUAAGGCUUCAUAAAUAAUUUUAUAUGAAUGAAUAAGUUGGUUCUAAUAACCUAAUUACAAUAAAAAGGAACAAAAAGCGAUCAUUAGACUUUUUUUUUUGGUUUAAGUUAGGGCUGUCUCUAAGGUGCUACUUUCUCUCCACCAAUACCAUUGAGUUAUCCAGUAUAUAUACUACCUUAGCAUUAUAGUUUAGUUACACAUGGAGGAAUAUUUUGGGUUUUUGUUAUUUUGUUUUUUGGUGUCCUGCUGCAGAAUUAGCCCAUUUUCUGUAAUCUGCAGGAGAUGUGUAAACAUAACAAACCUCAUAGUGUUGAACAGAAUUUUAGAGAAUGUAUUAUGAAUUUGAUUAAGAUUUAGGGACAUCCGUGGAAAAAUUCUACUGUAAUUUUAACCUUGUUUUUAUAAUGAAAAAGUCAAACAGAGACUUUGAUCAUGUUCAUGAACCUGUACUUGAACACAAGUAUUGUAACAAUGAAACACUGUAAUGAUUUACACUGAAUCACCAUGGCACUGUUGAUAUAGUGUAGAGAAACUGUUAUAGAAAUGGUAACAUCCUACAAAAAUGUGUAUUAUGUUAACAUGUUGUCAUUAGAUUUUAGUACUUUAAAUAUUUUGAACAAAGAAAACAUUGCUCCAUCAUCCAUAUUUUGUAUCUGUUUAGCAGAUUUAUGAAACAGUAUAGUACAUAGAUUGCAAAUUAUGAAAUUUACUAAAUACUUUUAAGCCUUUUUCCUAGGUAUAGGGAAGCACAAAGGGGGAUGAUAUUGUGGUAGUUUCAUUGUAUUACUUUCCUUUUAAAAUUAAAAAGUUUUACAAUUCUGUGAAAUGUUCGAAAGCCAACUUAAAUUUUUUUUCCUGUGAGAAGAUAUUGUAUGUGAUUCACAUGAUUUCUUAGACUUUUUUUUUUCAAUAAAAUAUGUGAAACUUCCUUUCGGGAGCUGCUUCUUUAGAGGUCUCUCACAUUUCCCUGGGUUGGCAAGAAAAGACACUGUCUGCUUUUGUUCCACAUUAUCUUCUAAAGAAUGUUUGUAUAGUGAACCAUCAUGCAAAAUAAUGUUUCUCUGAAACAAAGGCAAAGGUGCUUAGUUCUUAUUAAAAAAUUUUCAGGUUUCUCUUUUAUAAUUCACUGCAUGUACAGAUAUCACCUGACUGUUUUCAUUGUACCCGGUAUAAAAUGUGCUCAGAGAACCAGUACAAAAAAAUACAGAUUCUCUGAGCACUGAGAUUGCUGUAAUAAAGUCCUUUGUCUGUAA